GAAAUUUUAGAAUUUGCAUGAAAAUGAAAUAGCCCCAUAACAGCACCAUUGUCUCUUACUUUCGAGUCUUCUUGGCUAGGGCACCACCGCUACACUGUUCAUUCAUUCACUCUUCUCUAUCAGAAGCAGAGAGAGAAUGCUAUCAGGGGACAUUCCUCCCAACCAAACCAUUUACAUCAAAAAUCUCAACGAGAAGGUUAAGAAAGAUGAAUUGAAGAGAUCUCUGUAUUGCUUAUUCUCUCAAUAUGGAAGAAUUUUGGAUGUUGUUGCUCUAAAGACUCCCAAGCUUCGAGGUCAGGCAUGGGUUUGUUUCAGUGAAGUCACUGCUGCUAGUAAUGCAGUGCGGCAAAUGCAAAACUUCCCAUUUUAUGACAAACCUAUGCGAAUUCAAUAUGCAAAAACAAAGUCAGACUGUAUUGCAAAAGAAGAGGGUAGUUAUGUUCCAAGAGAAAAGAAAAAGAAACAAGAGGAAAAAGCUGAAAGAAAGAGGCGUGCUGAAGAAGCACAGCAAUCUUCUGUAGCUAAUGGAACACACAGUGCAAGUAAUGGUGGCCCAACUGCAUCAUUCCGUCAAGGACCGGGUGCCCAAGAAACAGCUGCUCCUAACAAUAUUUUGUUCAUAGAGAAUUUGCCUCAUGAAACUACUGGUAGGAUGCUUGAAAUGCUCUUCGAACAAUACCCAGGUUUUAAGGAAGUGCGCUUGAUUGAAGCAAAGCCCGGCAUUGCAUUUGUUGAUUUUGAAGAUGAGGUGCAAUCAUCCAUGGCCAUGCAGGCUCUUCAUGGCUUCAAAAUCACCCCUCAGAAUCCCAUGAUUAUAACCUUUGCUAAGAAGUAGCUAAUUUGUUUGAUGCAGUCUGUAUUUUUGUAGAUCUUUAAGAAACUAAUUGCAGACAUUGUAAGUUUACAGGAAGUUAGAAACCACCAUCAAGGCAGAGUGAGAAUUCAACCACAUUUGUGGAAAGGUUGAGAUAGUGUUAUAAUGUUUAUUGAUUGUAUGUGGUUUAAUUUUUAUUUUAUCCGUAAAAAUGUCCUUUCGAACAAUGCAAGCUAGGUUCUUGAACUUUAGUUUUA